CCACUUAUCGGUCCCGCUUCGUUUCCGAAAUACGAAUACGAAAUACUAGAAGUUGUUAUGAAUUUUCACGCUUCUCAGUCGCAAGAAAAUGCGAAAAUUACAAAGUUCUUCUCAAUGAAAGGCGUAGACGAAAGAAAAAGGAAUACAGCAGCGUUGGCGGAAAGACAAGAUGUUGCAAAGCCUAGAAGAACUCUACAAACUUUACAGCCAGCUGCGAAUAGCAAAACUAGGCUAGUUGGGAUUCAAGGCACAGUGGAUCCAACACUUGUGAGAAAGAGAAAAGAAAAACGCAAACUGCACGAUGAUGCCACCUGUAUGAGCAGUCCUGCUAAGAUAACAAAAUCUGAGCCAGCAUUUAUGUCAGGUGAUGACAGGAUAGCAGCAGUUAACAUAUACUGUGACCGCAUCCAAAGAAAGAGUGGAGGUAAAACUGUGAAGGGCGUGGCUUGUCAGACAGAGGAAACUGGCGCAGCAGCAAAAGAAAAAACGCCUGACGAGCAAGCAUUCGAGUUAAUGUGCCAGGAGGAGGUUCCACUGGAGUACUGGAAGCAGUUGGCAGAGCAAAGAAGGGAUGCAUUAGAAGAAGCCUUGAAAGAGAAUGAAGAGCUUCAUGAGAAGAACCAAGCAAUUGGAGAGGAGCUUAGUGGCCUAAACAGCGAGAACGAAAAUCUGAGAAUCGAAUAUGAACAAAGAAUAGAAGAACUCGUCACCCAAGCUGAUUAUUUUAGCACCAUGAUAAAGACUUUAGCAAAUGGUGAAAGUCACACAGAAGGCAGCCUGGCAGUAGACUGUGACACUGCAGAAGAAGCUGACAAGCUACUUGGUGAUCAAUCAGAAGAUUGUGAUGAGAGAGAGGAUGGUGCCAAUGAUCUUAGGAAUGAGGAAAAUGAAGAGGCAAGAAGACUGCUGGAGACAGACACAGAGAGUGGCUACCACAGUGUGGCAUAAAUACAGGCAUAAUGUGUAACAUUGAUUUGAUAUUUCCUUUAACACGCCGUUUACCUCAUUGCUAGUUAAUUACUAGUUUUUUGUGUUACUCUGAUCACAAUAUGAAGAAUUUUAGUUACAUGAUGUUGUGUGAGUCUCUUAGUUUUGAUUUUUUGUGUAUUGCACCAGCAUUUCAGUUGGAUGGCCGACAGCUCUGUAUUUGCAAGGGGUGUAAAUGAUUUCACUAAGGAAUGCAGUAUUGUAUGUUCAUUGUCAUGUGUAUGAGACGUUUAUGUGUUUACUUUUACCUGCCAUUGUAUGUCUGUCAAUAUACACAUCGAUAUUGUCUGUGCUAAUGUAGUAGUUAAUGUACCAUUGAGAGACUUGGUUUCCUUUUGUAAGGCCUUAAUGCAUAUAAUAAUGCUGUAUAAAAUUUCCAUUGUCUCACUAAUUAUUAUUUUUAUAUUGUAUUAAAAUAUGUAACCCACAAAUAAUUUUUUUGAAUAAAACUAUAAAGUAAGAUUUAAUUCAAUCUAA